AUGUGUAUACCCGAGUACGCCAAGCUGGUGGCACCGCUGCUGCGACUGUUGGGCGUCGCUGCCAAGGCGACAGUUGGCACUAGACGGAAGUCGACGCAGGAGAGGGUCCACCUGGUCAACAUGGGCGACGAUGUGUCAUGUUUCGAGGCCAUCAAAGAUACUUUGCGCCGCAUGGUCCUGUUGGCCCAUCCGACAUCUGACAAG